AUGUCCACCCGCAGCAACCGCUUCUCCGGCUCCUUCCAGCCGCUCCGCAACACCUCACUCAACAUGCGCUCCCUCAAAACCGCCUUCAGCCCAACGCGCUCCUCGCGCUCCGCCUCCGCAACCAGCUACUCUAGCACCUCGACCACAUCACCCUUAACGCAAUCUCGCAACGUCUCUGGCUCCUACAGCCGCAACUCCAGCCCCCAGAGCAGCCGCUCCAACCACAGCCUUGCUGAGAUCCUGGCGGUGAGGAGGCGCCCGAGCAACCUCGAGUUCGAGAUGCAGAUGGAGGUGCAGACUUUUGGGAGCGGGAUGGAUGUCCUGGAGCCCAGGCCGAUGGGCGUCGAACAUGCGAGUGUGGUGGGGAUUUUUGAGGUGUUGGAUGGCAAGUGCUAG